AUGCCGUCAAAGGUCAUAAAUCGUGCCCGCUUCCUCUUCUCCCGGUUUCGACUUACAGAACAUGUUCCGCCGAUCUUCAAUGAUAACGUUCAUGAUCUUGCACGAAUUGGCGGGAUUAGCACGCUGGCAUUGCCCAACGAGUACGCACCUUGUGAUUUGGUAAUUCCCACUCGUUUUGCAGCCACUGCACAAUUUUUGGUUGACGCCUGUUUCCAAGGCGACGAUUUGCGAAUGGGAAAUCCUACUGAUAGAGACAUCAUUUACGAGGACCACGGACAACAGUGGAAGCUGAAGGUUCUCACCACAGGUGCCUAUGUCAAUGUACCUGGGCUGUUCCGUAUACCAGGGAGCAAAGUUACCACCGAACGAUUGAGGACAUAUUUCGAGCGACAGAUGUACGACGGUGGUGGAAAUGUUGAAGACAUUAGGAGGCAAAGUCAAAACAUCGAGUACACGGUGAGAGUUGCAACGUUGCCGAGUCAGAGUGUGCUGCCGUAUCAGAUUCACGACGUGGCCAGUUGCUUUAAAAGCUUCCUCGGCGAUCUCGAUGGGGGUGUAUUGGGCAGUUUGGAGAUCUUCGAGGGACUGCGAAAAGCUACUCUUCCACGAAGCCGUCGAAAGAGCUUAGAAAGCGCAAGCCUGGAAUGGAAAUGUAUUGGACUUGGCCUAGACGAUGAACACGAUGAUGUGGAUCCGAAGGACAUUGCUCGCAUCCUCUGCAGCAUCGAAUGCGCGGCAAAGCGCAAUCUCAUUUUGGCGGUUUUUGGGCUGUUGGCAUUUUUUAUGGUGGACGACUCGCCUUCUGUUCAUCCUCAUGAGCAUAAGCUGCACAUCAGUUCAUGCGAGCCUGCUAUGGACGAGAUGAAGAAUUGCUGUUUCCCGUCGGCCGCCUCCCCAGAUGCAGGAAUGACUGCUGAAGCGCUUAGUCGAAUUUUUGCUCCGCUUAUGCUCGGGGAGGAGCUUACCAAGCACAUCGACAUAGACUUCGUUGCGUUUCCGGGUUCCGGAGACAAAAGAAAUCAUCGACGGAACUCUACUCCAAGUCCACAGAAGCUUAAAACGCCAUAUUUGCCAAAGAGAACUCCAGUUUGGCGUUUAAGACAAGGGACGUAUGCAGGAAUUAACAAAGCAAAUAUCACAGUUAACGUGCAUCCUUGUCCUUCACAGUCAACUCUGUCAUAUUGUGAUGGUUCUUCGACUCCGUCUUCUCGACACAGCAUAAAAUUCGCACAGUAUGGUGGGCUAAGAGAUCGUAACCUCUCUGCGAAAUCUUUCAUUCAAGCCCACGCGAAUUGUUCGGCACAGACUUUCCCCGCUUUCACUGGUGGAAUGAAGAUCAAGAAGACUAAGAAACUGAAGUCAUCGAAUCCUGAAUUCAUGCUAUACGAGCAACAAGUUCGCAUCCUAUUAAUUGCGAAUGUAAUCACUAUUGUCUUGUGGAAUUGGAGGGAUGUCUGUCUCGAGUUGCGAGCUCUAGGCUAUGGUAGACGAGAAGGUCAUUGGUUCGUCGGAGAAAGUGCCGUUGAUACCCUGGAUGAGAGGUAG